AUGGUUAUUACGAUACGGCUCACGUACGGUACGGACGAGAAACGUCAGACAAUACUGCUGCAUCGAAGUUUACCGCAGUCAGCUUUGUCAGAUCGUAUGCUUGACAAAAUAGUCAGUCGCAAACGUGGAGGUCCUCGAAGUACUAGGAAAAAGACGGCGAGAAAAGAAAAAUCUGUUGGAAAAAGAACUGAGAAAGUCGAUGGCACUUCCACUCAUAAAAUCACAGAGUAUUUUCCGCUUCGUCGAAGCAGUAGGAAAACCGAAAAACAGCUUGAGCAGGAAGGGCGUGAUGCAAUGGCAAAUGCUAUUUUGACAGGUAGUAAUGAGGAAUUCCUAGAGAUUUUCGAAUGCGAAGAAAAAGGUCGUGGGAUUCGUACCUUGCGGAAUUUCCAAAAAAAUGAAUUUGUGGUUGAGUACAAAGGUGAAAUAAUAGAUCUAAGGCUAGCAAGAAUUCGCGAAAGAGAAUAUGCCAAAGAUGAUAGCAUUGGCUCGUUUAUGUAUUUUUUCAAAUAUCAAAAUAAGCAAUAUUGUGUUGAUGCUACAGACGAAACACCCUACAAAGGGCGCUUGAUAAACCAUUCUGUGGUUAGGCCGAAUUUGAAAACAAAAGUUAUCGAAUUGAAUGGAUCGAAACACUUGAUAUUGAUCGCUAAGCGCGAUAUCGAUAUUGGUGAAGAAUUGUUGUAUGAUUAUGGUGAUCGAACACCAUGUACUGUUGCAGAAAAUCCAUGGCUACUAAAUUCGUGA